AGGGUUUUUCUGGGUUUCUUUGUUCUUACUCUUAAUUCUCUCUCUUUCAUCUGAGAUUGGUCAUGCCCCUGCCCUUUGAGCAGUUUCAAGGGAAGGGGGUUCUGGGUUUCUUAGAUUCUUCUUCUUCUCCGGGAUACAAAAUCUGGGCUAAUCCAGAGAAACUCCAUGGACGAGUAGACGAAGAUCUCUGCUUUAUUGUUAACAAUGGUGGUUUCUCGGAGCCGACGUCUGUUUUAGACUCUGUUAGAAGUCCAAGCCCUUUCGUCUCUUCUUCAACCACCACGCUGUCUUCUUCUCACGGUGGUCCCAGCGGCGGCGGCGCUGCUGCUGCUACUUUUUCCGGCGCCGAUGGGAAAUGCGACCCAAUGGGUUUCGAGGAUCUCGAUGGUGUUCUCUCCGGUGGCUCGCCCGGACAAGAACAGAGUAUUUUUAGAUUAAUCAUGGCUGGUGAUGUAGUGGAUCCGGGUUCUGAGUUUGUGGGUUUCGACACUGGUUCUGGAUCCGACCCGGUUAUUGAUAAUCCUAAUCCACUCUUUGGCUAUGGCUUCCCUUUUCACGACGCACCGGAAGAAGAAAAGUUUCAUAUUUCAACAAACCCGGAAGCUCUGAUAAACCCAAAUCCGUGUUUCUUCUCGGAUCCUCCGUCGUCUCCUCCUGCAAAACGGCUCAAUUCGGGUCAACCCGGAUCUCAACACCACCACCAACAGUGGGGUUUCCCGUUCUCGGAUCCGGGUCACGAAUCUCACGACCCGUUUCUCACGCCGCCAAAGAUAGCCGGAGAAGACCAAAACGACCAUGACCAGUCAACGAUAAUCAUCGACCAGCUAUUCUCUGCGGCGGCGGAGCUCACCACAAACGGCGGAGAUAACAAUCCCGUUCUCGCGCAAGGGAUAUUGGCGCGGCUCAAUCACAACCUUAACAACAACGACACUAACAACAAUCCUAAACCUCCGUUUCAUAGAGCAGCUUCGUAUAUAACCGAAGCUCUUCACACUCUCCUUCAAGACUCAUCAUCACCACCGUCUCUCUCACCUCCUCAAAACCUAAUCUUUCGAAUCGCAGCUUACAGAGCUUUCUCAGAAACGUCACCGUUUCUUCAAUUCGUCAAUUUCACAGCAAACCAAACGAUUCUCGAGUCCUUUGAAGGAUUUGAUCGAAUCCACAUUGUCGAUUUCGAUAUCGGUUACGGAGGUCAAUGGGCGUCUCUGAUUCAAGAGCUCGCCGGAAAAAGAAACAGAUCUUCAUCAGCUCCGUCGCUAAAGAUUACAGCUUUCGCUUCUCCUUCAACUGUCUCCGACGAAUUCGAGCUCCGAUUCACUGAAGAAAAUCUCAGAAGUUUCGCUGGAGAAACCGGAGUCUCCUUCGAAAUCGAGCUCUUGAACAUGGAGAUUCUCUUGAAUCCAACUUAUUGGCCACUCUCUUUAGUCCGAUCAUCGGCGAAAGAAGCAAUUGCUGUGAAUCUUCCAAUCAGCUCCAUUGUCUCCGGUUACCUCCCAUUGAUACUUCGUUUCCUCAAGCAAAUCUCACCAAACGUCGUUGUUUGCUCGGACAGAAGCUGCGACCGCAACAACGACGCGCCGUUCCCUAACGGUGUGAUUAACGCGCUCCAGUACUACACAUCUCUGCUCGAGUCUCUCGACUCCGGGAAUCUGAAUAAUGCGGAAGCUGCUUCGAGUAUUGAGAGGUUUUGUGUGCAACCGUCGAUACAGAAACUGUUGACGAAUCGUUACCGUUGGAUGGAGAGAUCGCCCCCGUGGAGAAGCUUAUUUGGGCAAUGUGGGUUUUCUCCGGUGACGCUGAGUCAGACGGCGGAGACACAAGCGGAGUAUUUGUUGCAGAGGAAUCCGAUGAGAGGGUUUCACUUGGAGAAGAGACAGUCAUCGUCGUCUUCACUUGUCUUGUAUUGGCAGAGGAAAGAACUUGUUACUGUCUCAGCUUGGAAAUGUUGAGACGAAAAAUUAUUAUUAAAAAAAAAAUGAUAUUUCA